GGUACGCGCGCUCACAGCUCGCUCACGGAGACAGACGGUGGCGGGAGCGGGCUCCGGCGAGUGAGAGAGCGCGGUGGGGCGGGGCGGGAGAAAGUGGCCGCCCGGAGGACGUUGGCGUUUACGCGUGUCGGAGCGGAAGAGUUUUGCUUUUCGUGCGCGCCUUCGAAAACCGCGCCUGCUGUUGGCUGAGGGGGUCCACCCGGAGCUUCCCCUUCUCCGCCCGCGGCCCCGCGCCGAGCUCGCCGGCCCGAAGCAGCGUGGGCGAGGUGGAAGCGCGUCCGACCCGCGUCCCGCGCCCGGAGCCGCCCCCUGAGUGCCAAUGGCCACGCGGGUGCUGACUAUGAGCGCCCGCCUGGGACCCGUGCCCCAGCCGCCGGCCCCGCAGGACGAGCCCGUGUUCGCGCAGCUCAAGCCCGUGCUGGGCGCCGCGAACCCGGCCCGCGACGCGGCGCUCUUCCCCGGCGAGGAGCUGAAGCACCCGCACCACCACCCGCAGGCUCAGCCCGCGCCCCCGCAGCCGCCGCAGCCGGCGCCGCCGCCCGCCGCUGGCCCGCGGCUGCCCCCUGAGGAGCUGGUCCAGACAAGAUGUGAAAUGGAGAAGUAUCUGACACCUCAGCUUCCUCCAGUUUCUAUAAUUCCAGAGCAUAAAAAGUAUAGACGAGACAGUGCCUCAGUCGUAGACCAGUUCUUCACUGACAGUGAAGGGUUACCUUACAGUAUCAACAUGAACGUCUUCCUCCCUGACAUCACUCACCUGAGAACUGGCCUCUACAAAUCGCAGAGACCGUGCGUAACCCACAUCAAGACAGAACCUGUUACCAUUUUCAGCCACCAGAGUGAAACGACUGCCCCUCCUCCGGCCCCGACCCAGGCCCUCCCUGAGUUCACCAGUAUAUUCAGCUCCCACCAGACCGCAGCUCCAGAGGUGAACAAUAUUUUCAUCAAACAAGAACUUCCUGCACCAGAUCUUCAUCUUUCUGUCCCUCCCCAGCAGGGCCACCUCUACCAGCUACUGAAUACACCGGAUCUAGAUAUGCCCAGUUCUACAAACCAGACAGCAGUAAUGGACACUCUUAAUGUUUCUAUGUCAGCCGCCAUGACAGGCCUUAACACACACACCUCUGCUGUUCCGCAGACUGCAAUGAAACAGUUCCAGGGCAUGCCCCCUUGCACAUACACCAUGCCCAGUCAGUUUCUGCCACAGCAGGCCACUUACUUUCCCCCGUCACCACCAAGCUCAGAGCCGGGAAGUCCAGAUAGACAAGCAGAGAUGCUCCAGAAUCUGACCCCACCUCCAUCCUAUGCUGCUACAAUUGCUUCUAAACUGGCAAUUCACAAUCCAAAUUUACCUGCCACCCUGCCAGUUAACUCGCAAAGCAUCCAGCCUGUCAGAUACAAUAGGAGGAGUAACCCGGACUUGGAGAAACGUCGCAUCCACUACUGCGAUUACCCUGGCUGCACAAAAGUUUAUACAAAGUCUUCUCAUUUAAAAGCUCACCUGAGGACUCAUACUGGUGAGAAGCCGUACAAGUGCACCUGGGAGGGCUGUGACUGGAGGUUCGCGCGCUCGGACGAGCUGACCCGCCACUACCGGAAGCACACAGGGGCCAAGCCAUUCCAGUGCGGGGUUUGCAACCGCAGCUUCUCCCGCUCCGACCACCUGGCCCUGCACAUGAAGAGGCACCAGAACUGAGAGCCCCGCCGUGGCCUGCCGUGCCUAUGCAAUUCACACUGACGUUCUGCAGUUCCUUUGGCAAAGUUUUAAACUACAAACUUAACCUAUAUAUAUAAAAAAAAAGAAAAAACAAAAAACUGGAAAUGUAUAUUUUGUAUAUUUGAGAAAACAGGGAAUACCUUGUAUGAAUACCAAAGCGUUUGGUCCUUUGAGAAUCUGGAAUGCUUGCUGUAAUGUAUAUGGCUUUACUCAAGCAGAUUUCAUCUCCUGACGGGCAGCCACAUCUCACUUGUGGGUAGGGGGGUGGGGGUGCAGGGUGUGUUUGCAGUGUUUCUACCUAAGCACCAUCAUUUAACGUGACAGUGUUUAGUAAACAAGUCAGUUGGCAGGCACAGGAAGAAGGCUGGAUUGUAUGUCAAGAUUUUACUUGACAUCAAGUAGUUUUUUGUUUUUUUUUUUUUAAUAUUAGAUAAUUCCUUAGAGGUGCGCAGUGUACCUGGCAAUUCACAAAUAGCCAUUGAACAAAUGUGUUUUUUUGUUUGUUUUUAUAUGAGUUGCCUAUAUUUGCUAUUCAAAAUUUUGUAAAUAUGCAAAUCAGCUUUAUAGGUUUAUUACAAAUUUUCUAAGAUUCUCUUGGGGGAAAAUCAUAAAUAAUUCUGUUUGAAAAAAA